CCGGGACACCGGCACUGCAGCCCAGCACGCUCCUUCUUCCACAGGUGCCAGCACCCGCCCCAGCCCACACGAGCUCUCUGUGUCCGUGACACCACCUAGAAGAGACCCAAGAUGUUGGUGCUGCUGGCUGGUAUCUUUGUGGUCCACAUCGCCACUGUCAUCAUGCUCUUUGUCUCCACCAUUGCCAACGUUUGGAUGGUGGGUUCUUCCAACUAUGCAACGAUCUCAACAGGACUGUGGCUGCUGUGCAACAGGACCUGCACUCAGCUGCCAGUCAGCAGUCAGGAUGAGGCUUCCCUCAAAGCCGUGCAAGCCUUUAUGAUCCUCUCGAUCAUUUUCUCCGUUGUGGCACUCGUCCUGUUCAUUGUCCAGCUGUUCACCCUGGAAAAAGGCAAACGUUUCUACAUGACCGGAGCCGUCAUGCUGGUUUGCUGGAUGUGCAUUCUGAUUGCAGUCUCCAUUUACACAGCUCGGUUCACAAGCACAGUGGCGUUCGCCACAAAUCCUCACCAUGGCUACUGCUUCAUAUUGGCCUGGAUCUGCUUCUGCUUCAGUUUCAUCAUCGGCGUCCUCUACCUUGUUCUUAGGAAAAAAUAAGGCUGAUGGGAG